GCAGGUCGGCUCCUCGGUUGUGCGAGCGCGGGCCCGGGUCUGGGUCUCUGCUGGGGCCAGGCUCCUGCGGCGCUGGCCGGGCCGAGCCCACAUGCGCCGCGGGGCCGGGAGGCGGGCGACGACGCAGCCUCGCCACCUUCCCCCUCCCUCUGGCAGGAGGUGGCGGCGGCUGGGCCGGCGGCGGAGCGCCGGGGCCGUGCCCGUGCCAGCCGGCCCGCCGUGAGUUGCUGCGCGUUGUGCCAUGGGGCCGGAUCUAGGCUGGGCCGCGCUGGUGCUGCUCUUCGCCGCCUCGCUGCUCACCGUCGCGGCUUGGCUGCUUCAGUACUGGCGGUCUGCGGCCCUGCGGGCGCCGCGGCGGCGCGGUGCGGUGACGGAGGAGGCCGGAGCCCGGGCGCUGCUCGCCGCGCUGCUCGCUCUGCGAUCCCUGCGGGAGCAGUGGCAGCGGGCCUGGGUGCGAGCCCUCAACAGCCAGGCGCGCCGGCACGGGAGUUCAGUGCAGAUCACGUUUGAAGAGGGUUCUCAGCUACCACCAGCAGCAAAUAUAAGUCACGUGACAUGCAAGGGACAGCCGGACUGCAGCAUGGUGCUGUGUUGCCAUCUGUCAGCUGAAGCUGUGAAAUUCCCUGUGUCUGUUACUCAGCAGUCCCCAGUUGCUGUUUCUGUGGACACCUAUUAUGUCACUUUGGCUGUGCUGCAGGCUCAGGUGGAGAUCCACUUGGAGGAGAUUCAGAAUGAAGGUCUCCUGGUGUCGUGGACGUUCAAGGACAGACCGGACAUGAACCUUUCCGUUCUUCCGAGACUUCAACUUUGUGAGAAUGAAGGGAGAGCAGACCUGUCCACCAUAAAGGAUCUGAUUGAGGAUACCAUCAUCAGCACACAGCCAGCCAUGACGGUGAAUCUGAAGGCCUGCACCGUUGGAGCUGGUGCAGUUACCAGCGAUAAGUUGACUCGAGAGUCACUGUCCAGAGUAGCCCCUCUGGGUUCUAAGCUGUUGCUCCGGAAUCUUCGAGUGCUGAACUUGGGCUGCCAGGGGAAAGGAGGACUUGAUGAGAUAUGCUGUGUGGCAGAACUAGACAGCCCCCUGCAGCAGAAGUGGACGAGGCCGGUGACAGCUGGCAGUGCCACCUCUGUGGCAGAAAUGGAGUGGAAUGAGGAGCUCUUUCUGGAGUUGGGACACAGAAGUAGAGAGCUGAAGCUACAGGUGCUGGGGAACAGCGACAGAGGGGGAAGUGUGCUGCUGGCACACACCACGCUUUUGCUUGAUUCUUUGGGCAAACAACCUUCCGGGAGACAGGUCUGCUCACUGGCCCCGGCAGCCGGGUGGUCACUGGCGGCUGAAGCUACCAUUACAUUGGAGCUGCUAUUCCAGGAGUCUCCUGCAUCUUUGAAUGCUCAACAUGCUACUUCCCUGAGAACCAGCAUCACCCCCACUAAGAAGGUGGAGAUGGACCGGACCAUCAUGCCUGACGGCACCAUCGUGACCACUGUCACCACGAUUCAGUCCCGGCCCAAGGCAGACUGCAAAAUGGAUUCACCAUCGAGGUCGCCUUCCAAGGUGGAAGUGACUGAAAAGAAGACAACUGUGCUUUUGGAAAGCAGCUGCCCUUGCAGCCCCUUGCCCAGCAGCAGCCGGGAUAGCUAUAUGCCCAACGGCUUGGAUCCAGUGGCUGAGACGGCGAUCAGGCAGCUGACUGAGACAAAUAACAAGCCUGCCAAGAAGACCCCAACGAAACGUAGCACGCUGAUCAUCUCGGGAGUUUCCAAGGUACCUAUCGCUCAAGAUGAAAUGGCACUUUCUCUGGGUUAUGCUGCAUCCCUGGAGGCCACAGCAUACAGGGAUUCUGUGGCAGAGGGCACAGGCGAGUGGAUGCACGAUUCUACUGAAUCAUCACAGCUGCCGGAAUCGUCGCCGUCUAGACAGAGAGCCGGUCAGGAGCUGGAUGAGACAACACGGUCGGACAUCUCCGAGAGGCCAUCGGUGGAAGAUGUUGAGUCUGAAACUGGUUCCACAGGAGCACUUGAGACCAGGAGCUUGAAAGAUCACAAAGUUAGCUUUCUUCGGAGUGGAACCAAGCUCAUCUUCCGGAGGAAGAGUAAGCAGAAGGAGGCAGGCCUAAGCCAGUCGCAUGAUGACUUGUCCAACAUUGCCACCGACUCCACCGCUGGGAAGAAAGCUGGCAGCUUCUCCCAUCGCCUCAUCAAGCGCUUCUCCUUUAAGUCUAAAUCCAAACCCAAAGUUAGUGACAGCGUGACGGCAAGUGAGCACUGAAGGAGUGAGAAGCUGUAAAGAUUGCACAGAGAUCCUUUUCUAGUCUCUUGUCUUCCCGCUCUAUGGUAUCUGUGACCUGUGGUCCGGUUCCUUUCAGCCUUGGCAAGGGAAGACACCCCUGGUGCUUUAUGCCAUUUGGGGAACAGAGGUGGUGAAAUCGGGGCUUAGGCGGCUCAUCUGCCUCUCCUUAGCCCUUUCUGACUGUCAUAUCCCACUGUACUCUCCCAGAAAAUCCAGGUGGUAUGCUAAUUCUGGUGGAAAUCCCAGGACCUGUGGAAGCGACUCUGCACUUGUAGCUGUCUGGUGUCGCUGGGUGCAUCCUGGAAGGAAGGGGGCAGUGGGGAGGCUUUCGAGUAGCAGUGCUCAGAGUUAAAGAUGGAGAAACUGCUGGGUUGCUGAGAAGCGUGGGAUGUAGCCUUGCUCAGCUCUAGUGGGAGAAAAUGAUGCAGUCGCUGGCCAUCUAAAUGCUCUUGUUGCUUCUGCAUGGUGCAGAGCCUGUAAUCUGACUGAGGUAUGGUGCGGUGUGUUCCCAGUCUGUGAGUUGCUGGGAGAAUGAGCUGCGGUUCUUGGCUCUUGGAACAGCUCUGUAUCCAGCAGUGCUGAGGGAUGCCUGCUUUCUGCACUAUGCAGAUGAAGGAAGGAGCCUCUGAGAAGGAAGUUUAACCAUCAGGCGAGUUUUUGUAGAAGCCUGGACCCUUGCAGGGAUGUCUGGUUGGUGCUGUCAGCACUGCCACCCUAUGACGCAGCCUCCCUUCCACAUCCGCGUUGUCAGAUGGGAAAUAGGCUGUGAUGCACACGUGCACUGGCCGUUGUGAGAGCAGAACCCUUUCCCUCGGGGUGGUUGGGGGUGUUGCUUCCAGACUUGUGGGGUGCCUGGCCUCUCGUGCUCUUGUGGUUCUUGCCAAUGACUGGUACCACACUGGGGAUGGGGGUGAGGAAUGUGGUGGCCCUAGUGAAAGGGCAGUGUGAAGUCUAAAGCCAUGUGGCAGAAAGAGGCAAGAGUUUAUAUGUUUUCACUGAUGAAAAGGUUUCUUGUAGUAGAAGGAGCCUUUCUUGACUGCAUCUGGUACUUCCUUUUUUCGAGCAAACCCAGUCCACUGCAUUCAAACAGCAGGUGUUUCUGUGGUGGGUAUUUGUGGAGGGAGAAGCACACGGGAGAAAAACUCCUUGUGCAGAAGGAGGCUGACCUUCUAGACAAAUGGUUUCCUGCUCUCCUGACGUGCUCCCUUUGUGAAUAUCCCGAAUCCUUGUUUGGCUAGAGUAAUGACCCUCUCAGAGAAACCCUUGUGUCCUGACAGCAUGCCUGGUUUGAAUGACAGCUCCUGCUCUCCUGUGAGUUGUAGAGUUAAGGAGGUAGGGCAAAGAGGAGGAAAACCUCCCUGAAGUGCAGUUGUCUAGGCCUGACUGGGUUCACUAGCUCUGCUCUCCUGUUACAGUACCUCCCAGGUGGGAGCUGUCACUUUGUCUUGUGCAGGAUGUGACCAACUGCAAAAGCAGUUGUUCUCCUGACAGGGUACAUAAACCAACAUCUCAUUCUUUGGAAGGACACGUUCUGGUUUAUCGAUAUGGCCAUUUCCAGAGACUGGAAUGCAUUCAGUAUGCUGCUGAGAAACGAAUGACAGACAUGUAUUUUGGAGUAUCUCUUGAAAGUGUCUGAAGGUUGGGGGUGGGGGGCAGGGUCACUUGGGGCUUGCAUUGAAACUGCUGGUGCUUGCCAGUGGGAGUGAUUCUUCUUUCCUGCCGACUCCCUACAAGGUUGAGCAUGUGUGAGAAAUUGGACCAGCCCAGCUGGCUGACCAGGAACCUCUUCUCCAUCUGUUUGUUUUGGUCCAAGAGUCUUUCUGUUCAUCCCGUAGUCCUUCCAUGUGUUUUGUCAUUUUUUUCUUUCCUCAUCCACAUGGUACUGUGGCUUUAUUUGCAGCUCCAUGUGUUGUUGGUGUCAGAGUGCUCACCGUUUCUUGCUGAAUGUGGAUUUCCUUGAUGAGAGCUUGCGGUUCCUGCUGUGGUGCUGGUGGAAGGUGGCAAUAUGCAGCUCUCCUCUAGCCACCUGGCAACCAGUUUGACGUAGCCUUCCUUUGCCAGGUUGGUGUGGCAUUGCACAUGGCACUGUCCUUUGCAGGCACACCCCUGUUCCCAGCACCUUGGGGUUUGGUUCCUUUUUGGGCAUUCCUUCUCUCGGAAUUCCCUGCUACUGAUCUGUCUCUGUUGCUCAUGGUACUCAGUGCUCUGGUUUGGGUUUUCAUUUUUUCUUUUUUAAAACAUGUCAAGGUAUUGCUUUGAAAGAAAAGUGCUGGCUGAGCCCAGACAGCACCGCUCCUCUGGUGGCAUGGCUGUGAACCUCGCAUUAGAAGUGCUGGCUUGAAUAGAAGGGAACUUCCAGACAAGCCAGCAGCUCUUCAGUUGUGGUUUAUCGCAGGACUUUCUGUGUGUCUCAUUGAAUAGUCCUGUAUUCUUUAAACAGCAAGAGCAGCUCAAGCUGUCUUGGUGCGGAGCAGCCAGAGGUGAAUGCCCAAGGCUCCUUGCUGUG